AUGAGAACUGGGGAUUAUGUCUGCAUCACUCUGCAAGGUGGUGGGCCCUGGGGGUUUACUCUAGAAGAAGGCCCAGACACUGACACUGACGCACCUCUUCUAGUUUCCAAGGUGGAGGAAAGCGGGUGCGCUUCCCAAGCUGGCGUACGGGAAGGGGACAGGUUGGUGGCGUUGAAUGGAGAGCCGUGUGCCGGCGUGGCUCUUUCACAGGCUCAAGCCAUAGUGGACGCGACGAGCGGGUGUCUACGCUUGCUUAUCAAGAGACGGAGAGGUGCGAAGGAGCCUUCAAAGAUGAGGGAGCUCUACAUAUCCGAGUCCCAAGAUGAAGUGUCCGACGGAGAUCUGCAUCGGGACAGCAGUGGAGAGACUCCCUCGCCGUCCCUUUCCCAGAUAACCUUGGACAACAUGGUAGCAUCUCCGCACUUGACUCGAAAGCCCCUCAGCCAGCACGGGGUGGUGCAAGGGAGGGCGCCAGCAGCAUCGGCAUCACCUGGGAGGGGCAUCCUGAGCGGUGGAGUGGGAGGCCCCGGGGUGAGCGCCGGAUCCCCAGGAGCGGGAGGAGGGCCCUGUGAGCUUCCCGGCUCUUUUAGUCUCUCUUUCCAAAUCUCCUCAGACGACGGAACGCCCGUCGAGGAGCAGGAUUCCGAUUCCGAUCCGGAGAAACCCAACAAACACCGAGCGAGGCACGCCAGGCUCAGGCGCAGCGAGAGUCUGUCCGAGAAGCAGGUGAAGGAGGCCAAGUCCAAAUGUAAGCGGAUCGCGCUUCUUCUUAGCGCCGCGCAGCCCAACCCCAACAACAAGGGCCUGUUGAUGUUCAAGAAGCACCGUCAGAGAGCCAAGAAGUACACCCUCGUGAGCUACGGUACCGGCGAGGACGAGCGAGAAGACAGCACCGAAGAGGACGAAGAAGACUCGCGGAAGGGAAUCCGCGUGGUCGAAUUCACGCUCGAGGAUCGAGACGAGUCGGAUUUAGAGAAGCGCUUCCUCGCGAAUGCCCGCGGCGGCAAAAGCGUGCUGACCAUCUGCCUGGAUAAAAGUCUCCUCGACGGCGAGCGGAAUCAAACGCGGAUGGAGUGUUUGCCCGAAACCAAGGGCAAAGGCGCCCUCAUGUUCGCCCAGAGGCGUCAGCGAAUGGACGAGAUUGCGGCCGAGCACGAAGAGCUUCGGCGUCAAGGGAUGCCCGUGGAAGGGGCGAAAGCGGAACCGGAUCAAGCGUACAUGGAUGUGAAUGUUCACCAGCAGCAGCAGUACCAGCAAUACCAGGAACAGCAGUACUAUGAGCAACAACAACAGCAGCAGCAAUUCCAGCAGCAACAGCAAUACCAACAAUAUCAGCAGCAGUAUGAGCAACAGCAAAUGCAUCAGCAAGAUCAGCAUCUUCACUUUUCCGGGGAUGGUUCAGUGCAACCGCAAAGCCACGAGGCGCGGAGCUCUUUAAGCAAUCGCACCGCAAAGCCCUUUCCGGUACAAAACGUGGCAGCGACCCCUUACUCUCCUGCAAUGAGUGGGACUAAUCAAUAUUCUGUGGGCCAAGGAGAGCAGAUCGCCUCUCGUGACGAGCGCAUUUCCACGCCUGCAAUCAGGUCGGGGAUCCUGGAUUUAAAGAGGAGAAAUGUCGCCAAGCCCAUGUUCACGUUCAAAGAGACACCAAAGAUGUCACCUAAUCCAGAGUUGCUGAACCUCGUUAACAUGAGUAACAAGAAGAUUGGUUUUGAGUCAGGACCCGAGGAAGACUACCUCAGCCUAGGGGCUGAGGCUUGUAAUUUCCUCCUGUCCUCACGCUCGAAACACAAAAAUCCUCCGCCGGUGGCCCCGAAGCCUGUGAUUGAUCCCAGCGCUGCCCCUUGGUCUCCGCAGAUGGAAGUAACCAAUCAGGGCAUGCCUCAGCAUUCUGAAAAUAGUGCAUCCACACCUGCUGUAGCCCCCGCCGCAAAGACCACCCUUUCAAAUGACCGAGAGCCAACCUCUACUGUGCAUGUCUCUGGGCCAUCUCCCCCUCAAGCCCAACUGGAAGCCCCUGCACACGCCGCUGUGCAACAACAGACGUGGCCACCGGUAAGCCAACAACAAGUGGGCAUCCAAGAGGGAAACUGUAACGUAAGAUCUUCCCCCUUGCCCGAGACCGGUACUGAAAGAAUUUGGGAUUCCGUACAAGUAACCCCGCAGCAAUCGACAAUUUCCUGUUAUCCGGCUCAAGUACAGCCCCAUGAGCCACCCUUGAGUCAGUCCUCUCUCCAGCCACAAUGGACAACGCCUCAACCCACUCACAGUCAAGUGCAGUCCCAGACCGCUGCCAAUACAUGGACACCCCAAAUUCAGGCAUCAUGGAAUCAGGCAGAGCAAGCACCGUCACACGCCCAGCCAUCCUGGUGUCAGCCUCAAGAAUUACCACAGUCCCAAACAGAACCAAACUGGACACACGCUUCUGAACCGCAAGCGCAGCAAAUUCAGCCAGCCUGGGGUCGCCCACAAGAACCGAUGCUGCAGCAGCAGGUUUCCUGGGCCCAGGCUCCACCAGUAGACUCUCAACCAACAUGGGCUCAACAUGAAUCCCAAGCUCAGGCUCCUUGUGUUCAGCCAGAAUUUCAGCAACAGCCAUCAUGGGGUCAAAUUGCAGAGGCAAAAUCUUGGCCGCAGGCCCAAGCACCAGAUCAACAAUGGGCUUCGGCUCAGCCCCAAGCACAUCCUCCAAUAAUUACCUGGCCUCCACCUCCACCCACUUGGACCGAAACAGCCCAAGCACAACCACACGUGCAGCCUCCAGCCGGUUUGAACGCUUGGGCACCUGUUCCCGCUCAGCCGCAGCCGCAACCAUCUUGGACCCAGCAGCCCGCAGAACAGGUCCAGGGUCCCUCCAAUUCCUGGGAGGGCGAGCAAGGUCCGCCCCAACAUCAGGCAACCUGGGUCCAGUCUGAUCGUCCUCAGCCACAGCCGUCCUGGCAACAAGCACCCUUAAAAACCGUGCAGCAGCCUGCGAUGAACGCAUGGUCGCAGGCUCAAACCCCUCCCACUACCUGGACACCGCAGUCCCAACAAACCUCUGGGGCCAACACUCCACCUUUGCCCAAGCCUUGGAAUACCCAACAAAAGCGCGGCCCACAGCGAGUAAAAGCUUUCACCUCUGGUCACAAUGUUUCAUUCCCCGUCAACCCCUUGGCCACCGUCCUGAACCCGUCAUCCUCCGGUUCGGCUUACGAGAUGCCUGCCGUCCGAGGGAAAGGCGCCGACAUGUUUGCCAAAAGGCAAUCUCGCAUGGAGAAGUACGUGGUGGACUCUGAGACCGUGCAGGCUAACAUGGCGGGUCGAUCCACGUCGCCGGCUGCUUCCUUACCAAGCGAGUGGAAGUACACCCCCAACGUACGUGCUCCGCCCUCACGUGGUUUCAAUCCCAUCCAGUCCCCCUCCUAUCCGCCGGGUGCGUCCAAGCAGCCUCCUUCUAGCGCCCCGGAGUCAAAAGCUAAGAAAAAAGGCAAACAAGGACCUCCCCCAAAACCGCUUGACGUUGUUGACGUCAUGAAGCAUCAACCCUACCAACUUAGCGCCUCCCUUUUUACAUACGGGCCUGCAGCAGAAACUGCAAAAGAGUCUUCUCCUAAGCCCAGCUGUUCACCCCAGAACCAGCAACCGGUUCAGUCAGCUGGAACAUUUAGCACUUCGUACCCCGAGCAGCCUAAUGAUGGCAACUAUCAGCCAAGUCCUAACGCUUAUCCCCAGCAACCUUCAGGUGGUCCUUACUGGCAACCACAUAAUAAACAACCCCCUCAAUUGCCUAGUCCCCAGUACCCACCACCGCAAGUCCCUUACGAAGCAGCUGCUAGUCCCCCUUACCUUUCACCUAGCUUAGCCUUCCAGCAGCCAACUCACGCAAAUGUAGCUCCUAGCUAUCCCGUCGCUUCACCGCCUGGCUCUACGACCAGCGGCAACGCUGGCGCGGCGCCAAAACCAAAGUUUAUGGCUAAAAAAAGCUCUGCUCAGGUGUGGAAGCCCACUGUCCCUGAGAAGGAGUAA